CGGCGACAUGGCCGGGCUGAGCAGCAGCGCCUCGGGCUUCGGGCGGUGCAGCCACGCCGUGCUGCGGGCUCUGCCCGAGUCCCUGUGCCAGCACGCGCUGAGGCGCGAGACGGGCACGGAGGUGGACUUCGCGCGCGCCGAGCGGGAGCACCAGCUCCUGGCCGGCGUGCUGAAGACCAAGCUGGGGCUGCAGGUGCUGGAGCUGCCCGCCGACGAGAGCCUGCCGGACUGCGUCUUCGUGGAGGACGUGGCCGUGGUGUGCGAGGAGACGGCCCUCCUCACGCGUCCGGGGGCGCCCAGCAGGAGGAAAGAGGUUGAUGCAAUGAAGAGAGCCCUUGAAAGCCUUAACCUGAAUAUUGUAGAGAUGACAGAUGAAAAUGCAACCUUAGAUGGAGGAGAUGUUUUAUUUACAGGAAGGGAAUUUUUUGUGGGUCUUUCAGAUCGGACCAAUCGUCGUGGUGCAGAAAUUCUGGCAGAUACCUUUAAGGAUUAUGCCGUCUCCACAGUCCCCGUUUUUGGUGCUUUGCAUCUGAAGAGUUUUUGCAGUAUGGCUGGGCCAAACCUCAUUGCCAUUGGUUCAAGUGAAGCUGCACAGAAAGCCCUCAAGACUAUGCAGCAGAUGAGUGACCACCGCUAUGACAAGCUUACAGUUCCUGAUGACAGUGCAGCAAACUGUGUAUAUUUAAACAUUCCUGGCAAAGGCCAUAUUUUGUUGCACCGAGCCCCUGAGGAGUAUCCAGAAAGUGCAAAGGUCUUUGAAAAACUGAAGGACCACAUGCUGAUCCCUAUAGCCUGUACAGAGCUAGAAAAAAUAGAUGGAUCACUCACUUGUACUUCUGUCCUAAUUAACAAAACUUCAGAAUUAUGAAUUUACAGACUCCCUCCCUUGUAACUGGCAAUAAUGUACAUGCAAGGUAGAUGAAUCUGUAUCCACAUUUAUUGGUUUUCUUGACAAUCUACUGUGCCACUGUGCUACUAACCUUUGUUUACAAUGGUUCCCCUUCAGAUGGUAAUUAAGGUGUGCAUAUGGUUUUUUUUUCCUGAUGUAAAAGGACUCUGCAGCAUGUUUGUCUGACAUAACAGAAGACCAUUAUGAUGUUUAGUGGUUUAUAUAAUUGGUGUGAAACUGAUCUAGGAACUAGAAGCAUGGGCUACUUCUAGCGUUACUUUUGAUUGACCCAGAUCUUAAGACCCAUGUCUUAAUAUCAC